GCGGCGGAGGGGAGGCCCAGCGCCCUGGGCGGCGCGUGGCCGCCGAAGUCCGUCCUCCCGGUGGGGCGAGAAGCUGCGCGGGGGAGGGGACAGCCAGGCAAGCAGGAAGCUGCGGCUUAAAAGGGCAGCGCGCGCCCAGCCCUUCCUCCCGCGGUCCAGGCCUGCGAGCUCUGGUCUUCUCGGGCCCCGCCGCUCUCUCCUCAGCCCGCCGCCAUGUACCGCCGCCUGGGAGAAGCACUGCUGCUGGCCCGCUCCGGGCCCGCUGCCCUGGGCUCUGCGGUCGCAGAUUCGGCCGCGCUGCUGGGUUGGGCCCGCGGUCAGCCCUCCGCUGCCCCGCUCUCCGGGCUCGCCCCCGCCGCCCGCCGCCACUACAGCGAGGCGGCCGCCGACCGCGAAGACGACCCCAACUUCUUCAAGAUGGUGGAGGGCUUCUUCGACCGUGGCGCCAGCAUCGUGGAGGACAAGCUGGUGGAAGACCUGAAGACCCGGGAGAGCGAGGAGCAGAAGCGGAACCGGGUGCGCGGCAUCCUGCGGAUCAUCAAGCCCUGCAACCAUGUGUUGAGCCUCUCCUUCCCCAUCCGGCGCGACGACGGCUCCUGGGAGGUCAUCGAAGGCUACCGGGCCCAGCACAGCCAGCACCGCACGCCCUGCAAGGGAGGUAUCCGUUACAGCACUGAUGUGAGUGUGGAUGAAGUAAAAGCACUGGCUUCCUUGAUGACAUACAAGUGUGCAGUGGUUGAUGUGCCAUUUGGAGGUGCUAAAGCAGGUGUUAAGAUCAAUCCCAAGAGCUAUACAGACAACGAAUUAGAAAAGAUCACACGGAGGUUCACUAUGGAGUUGGCAAAGAAGGGUUUUAUUGGUCCUGGCAUUGAUGUGCCUGCCCCAGACAUGAGCACGGGUGAGCGGGAGAUGUCCUGGAUCGCUGACACCUAUGCCAGCACCAUAGGGCACUAUGAUAUCAAUGCACAUGCCUGUGUUACUGGUAAACCCAUCAGUCAAGGAGGUAUCCACGGGCGCAUCUCCGCUACUGGCCGUGGUGUGUUCCAUGGAAUUGAAAACUUCAUCAAUGAAGCUUCUUACAUGAGCAUUUUAGGAAUGACACCAGGGUUUGGUGACAAGACAUUUGUUGUUCAGGGAUUUGGUAACGUGGGUCUGCACUCUAUGAGGUAUUUACAUCGUUUUGGUGCUAAAUGUGUUGGCGUUGGUGAAUCUGAUGGGAGUAUAUGGAAUCCAGAUGGUAUUGACCCAAAGGAACUGGAAGAUUUCAAGUUGCAACAUGGGUCAAUUCUGGGCUUCCCCAAAGCAAAGGUCUAUGAAGGAAGCAUCUUGGAGGCUGACUGUGACAUCCUAAUCCCUGCAGCCAGCGAGAAGCAGUUGACCAAAUCCAAUGCACCCAGAGUCAAAGCCAAGAUCAUUGCUGAAGGAGCCAAUGGACCGACCACUCCAGAGGCUGAUAAGAUCUUCCUGGAAAGGAACAUCAUGGUUAUUCCGGAUCUCUACUUAAAUGCUGGAGGAGUGACAGUGUCUUACUUUGAGUGGCUGAAGAACCUAAAUCAUGUCAGCUAUGGCCGAUUGACCUUCAAAUACGAGAGGGACUCUAACUACCACUUGCUCAUGUCUGUUCAAGAGAGUUUAGAGAGGAAGUUUGGAAAGCAUGGCGGGACUAUUCCUGUGGUCCCUACAGCAGAGUUCCAGGACAGGAUAUCGGGUGCCUCUGAGAAAGACAUCGUGCACUCUGGCUUGGCCUACACAAUGGAGCGAUCUGCCAGGCAAAUUAUGCGCACAGCCAUGAAGUACAACCUGGGAUUGGACCUGAGAACAGCUGCCUAUGUCAAUGCCAUUGAGAAAGUCUUCAAGGUGUACAACGAGGCUGGUGUGACCUUCACAUAGACAGGUCCUGACUGACUUCUUUACCACCCACUUCACCUAUAAUCUCUGCAGACCUGUCACAAGUUUACAUGUAACCACAGAAAUCUGUUCUUGUGACCCAUUAGUUAAUGGACACUGUUCCCAGCAAGUCAGUCUGAAUCAGCCCCUUAAGAGAGAUUAGGUUAGAGGAUCAUGUACAAGCUAUGUGUAAAAGUAGGAAUCACGUGUAUCCGAGAGCCGCUUAGGUACUUUUUCUAAGUAAAGUCUCUGCCUGCCUCCUGGCUGUGCUGCCUUACUCUGGGCCCUUCCCAACAGGGUCAGUGCUGUUGCCAGGGAAAGCAAUCAAGAGCAGUCAGCCACUUGGGGACAAGUCUGGGAACUUGGACACAUAGAAGAAAUAGGUGUGUGGCAUUUUCCAAAGGUGGCAUGGUCCGCAAAUGAGUUAUUGCUAUUUCACAUCUGCAAAAUAACUCAAUUUUCUAAGUUGCAAACAAAAAUAAAGCUAUUUCUCUUAUGUAUUUUAUUCUUUCAGAAUAAAAUGAGUCCAUGCUGCUGUAAUAAAUUGCCUUUAAUCACUUAAGCCUAA